AUGUCGGCUACUGCGUCGUCUCAUUUGAGCACCAAAGGCCCUUCUACCAGCAAAGAUGCCGAGUCCUCCAACAAAGUAUCCAAGCGACGCAAUUCGACCAGCAACUCGCGAUCGCGAGAGCCGACACGUCAAGAGUCAUUUGGCGGCGCAGUCAUCCGUGCCCUCUUCGGCACGCUAGCCUUCCUCUUCAAACGCCCCGUACGACUCUUCCGGCCCGUCAAAUUAUCAUCAUGGACCAUCUUGGAAGCCAUGGCAAAACGAGAGGGUCGCUCUCUGAGCCUUCGCUAUCUGCGCACACUGCUACGAAGGGAGAACUCCAACUUUCUACCGCACCUGCUGCUCCCUCCUCUCCUCUUCAACACGGCAAUUGGCUUCACCCUCUUCGAGGCGUACAGCAUCACCGAGAGUCGGCUUUUGUCCAAGUCCAAAGCGAAGAAACUGGAAUCUGGGGAAAUCUCAGAGGAGCAGCAGCAGGAGCGAAAGCCACAAUGGACGCCGCUGUGGAUUGUGACAGCUUCAGGUGCGGUAGCUGGCGCAGCUCAAUGUUUUCUCUCGGCCCCGUUGGAUAAUGUGCGCUACAUCAUUCAGCGCAACGUCAGUGGGCCUGACUCACAUCAUCGCAGCGCAACAGUGCACCCCAUUACCACCAUCUCAUGGCGAGCCAUUCUAAGAGCUGCCAUCCUGCCGUUCGCCCCCGCCAUUGCGCGUGACAAACUGGUGCAAGAUGUGCAGAACGAGACGAUCGAACGAUCCAAACGCGCUCCCAAGCCAACACUACGAGCUCGACUUAUCGCGUUGAUCGAGCCAGCCACGACAGCAGCAAACGAAAAGGCAAGUGUUGCGCAAAGAUUCACCAUGUCGCCCGAAAAGCGGCAAGAAUGGGAGAAGCGGCUCAAGAGAUGGCGCGGCGGUGUCCACGGAUCUGGUUUGGCGCUCUCGCUCAUUCGUGACAGUGUUGGGUUCGGUAGUUUCUUUUUCAUCUUUGAGGUGUCGAGACGAUGCGCCUUUUUCGCUUCAACGUCGGUGGAUCGUGUCAGCGCUUGGUUCAACGCGAGAGGGCUGGGUAUAGUUCGUCCGCGUGGCACCGCUCAGCAGGAUGACAGCACCAACGUUGUCGGCCGGCGCAAAGCUGACGAUCAAAAUGACGGUGAAGGAGAGAUGCAUAUCGAAGACGCAGGCAGAGUUGGGCAUUGGAUUCGACAAGGGCAAAGGUCGGUUACUGAUGCCGAUGUUAGCUACGACCAGUCACGUACAGUACAAGGACGUGUGGUUGCUGUCAUCAUCCUACUUGUAGGAGGCGCUGUCGGUGCCUUUUCCUAUGAGCUAGUCGGUCGUCCUUUCGAGCUGAUGCGCGUCGUCAUCUGGGAAGGCAGGAAACAGUGGGAACGAGGUCAGCGCGAGCCAGGCUAUCGUCCCACUUCGGCUUCCUCAAGAUCGAAAAAGACAGCCACGGAAUCUGCAGAUGGAACGACUGGCUUGAGCACCGUAGGAAGAUCGGCAGUCAGGGGUGCAAGAGCGAAUGCACAAGCCAGAGCGAUCGAGUUGGGUUCAAGAGCCUUCCGACGCCGACCCGACUUUUUUGUUUUGCGCGCCCAGAAUACCUCGGGCAGCACAAUGUCGAGGCUCUUUGAGAGGGCCAUGAUCCCUCGCUCGCCUCAUCCUCUGCGUCGCGUUGCUUCCAACACGUGGCAAUCGCCAGGAGUGAAUGAAACGGCCACGCCGAUGCUCACCAGCUCGCACGCGUUGUUGAAGCGCAAGUCGCAGAAACUGGCGUCGUCUCCGCCAAACAGCUCGGACUCAUCAUCAAAAUCAAGCCCGCGGCCAACUCGCUCUGCCCUUGCAUUCAAAGGAAGGAUUGGAUGUCCAUCUCCCACGCUCGCGACCCGACCGGGCUUUCUCACCCUUCUCAUCGAGCACGCAAAAUCAACCGCUAAGCUCGAUCGGCUCCACUCGGGUGGCUUGGACCCAUCCAAAGCAUCGAUCCCGCUCUUGCUGCUGCAUACUUACUUCAUUGCACCUUUUUUGCCAGAGAUCCCUAGGCCGGUGCUUGACAACCAAAUCGUUCGAACCGUCGCUGGCGUGGAUAAGCAUCUUCGACCUUCUUCCGCAUCUUUGCCUUGCUCCUCGCCCGCCUCGAGUCUGACGAACAAGGUGAGCACAGUAGCACAGCGAACGCUGCUCAUGUCGCUUGCCUCUCGCAGACGCGCUGCCGACUCACCAGAGUCCAAACUUAAGCGAAACUGGAUCAAGAACAAUCCCGUCAAUAUCAGUCUCGCUUCUUCCACCGCCAACGGCAAGCAGAUUAAGGGGCACAGCACUGCAAACUUGAUGAGAAGAGAUGGACGAUUUAGCGCAAGCGACAAGAGCACCGUGCUGAAAGGAUCUAGACAUUGGGCUAGCGGAAGGGUGGCGUGGACGUUGAAAAGGCUGGCUACACCGUAUGGUGUUGCAUUUUUGGUGUUUGCCUGGCUUGGCGGUGAUCUCAACUAG